AUGAAGGAAAAGGCGAGGAGACAACAGGAGAGCAGCGGAAACAGGCCAGAAGUACGCGAGAGGAAAGAACGACUCUCGCAGCGCGUGUUGCAAAUAGUGAAGGCAGGAAAACAACAGAAAACAGAAAUGCCCUACGAAGGAGUUCUGCCUCUCUGCAGGAGCGACGAGGAUGAGAUGGAGAGGCGCGGCCGGCGGACGCGGCUCGCGACGAGGACUGCAGGAACGCGGGCACCGACGACGAAGAUGAAGUGGGCGCAGGGGCAGAAAAUGGCGAAUUCUUCUUCCCGAAACGGCAGCUACUCUCGCAGGAGACGAGGGCCGGUCGGGGAGCCUCACGCCUCAACAAAACGAGAAGAGAGCGACGAAAGAAGUGGAGGGGGAGCCGCAGGAUGCGAUGGAGCAACUCCUCAUGCAUCGAAACUGCCAAGACAGGUCAAACUGUCCUGCGAGGGUUGUCAAGAAGCGAAGAAGAAGCGAGGCAGCGAAGAGAGGAAGAGAACCGAGGAGAGAAAACGAGAGCUCUCUCGCUGA